UGCGAACGCGUGGCCAUCAACGUGGCGGGACGGCGGUUUGAGACCUUGGGAAGGACCCUCCUCCGGUUCCCCGACACCCUUUUGGGGGACCCCCGACGCCGUCGCCGGUACUUUGACCCCCAACGUCGCGAAUAUUUCUUCGACCGUCACCGCGGAGCCUUCGGCGCCGUCCUCUACUACUACCAAUCGGGUGGAAGACUUCGUCGACCGCCCGACGUCCCCUUAGAUGUCUUCUUGGAAGAGUUACGGUUCUAUCAGUUGGGAGCUGAAGCGGAAGGAAGACUCCGUGAGGCCGAAGGCUUUGCGGUGGAGGUGGCUCAACCUUUGCCCCGGGGGAGUUUACAACGUCGGGCGUGGUUGUUGUGUGAACACCCCGAAAGUUCGCCGGCUGCCCGCGCCGUGGCCUUGCUCUCCGUCCUCAUCAUCCUCAUCUCCAUCGUGGUCUUCUGCUUGGAGACUCUGCCCCAGUUUCGGGCCGGAGGGGAGGGGUCUGCUCAGACCCCACCACCCAUCUCCACCAACAUCAAUGCCUCCUCCUCCUCCUCCUCCUCCUCCUCUGACAGGGGCGGUUUGACGGAUCCUUUCUUCGUGGUGGAAACCAUCUGCAUCUGUUGGUUCUCCUUGGAGCUCCUGGUUCGCCUUUUAGCCAGCCCGAGCAAAACCGCCUUCUUCCGCAACGCCAUGAACCUCAUCGACCUGAUCGCCAUCGUCCCUUACUUCGUCGCUUUGGGGACCGAAUUGGCACGGCAACGCGGCAUCGGUCAACCCGCCAUGUCCUUGGCCAUCCUUCGCGUCAUCCGUUUAGUCCGAGUUUUCCGAGUCUUCAAACUCGCCGUUUACUUCGCCGAGGCCGAAGAUUCUGCCACCUCCUUCACUUCCAUCCCGCAAGCGUUUUGGUGGGCCGUGGUCACCAUGACCACGGUGGGGUACGGGGACAUGGCCCCCGUCACCGUCGGGGGUAAAUUGGUGGGGUCCCUUUGCGCCAUCGCCGGGGUCCUCACCAUCUCCCUCCCCGUCCCCGUCAUCGUCUCCAACUUCAGUUAUUUCUAUCG